AUGAAGAAGAAAGGGGAACAGAGAAAUAAGGGGUGGGCUAACUGGAACGAAGAAAAAAGGGGAGUGACAAGGGAUGUAACUGGAACGAAGAAAAACGAGGGGACGAAGAAAAAAGGGGCUAACUGGGGAAGCGAUCGCUUUAGUAUACCUGAUACACUUCAGAUCAGAGAAGCGCCAGAUGGUCCGCUUCGCAUCGCUUCUCGCUUUAAGCGAGGAAGCGGCUAUUUCCACAGCUCGAACCCGUGGCCUCCUGGUCACGUGGCAACAACCCCUUCCGAAUUCUUCUUUAGAAUGCACAAAUUAAUUGUUUCAGCUGUUACCUUUGGAGUUAUAUCUAAACUAACAGAUGAAAAAUCUACUCAUAUCCCAUAUCGAGAUUCAAAGCUUACACGUCUGUUGCAGUCAUCACUCAGUGGACAUGGUCUAGUUUCUCUCAUUUGCACGGUAACACCAGCCUCCAGCAACACAGAGGAGACGCACAACACCUUGAAAUUUGCACAUCGAACUAAGCAUGUGGAAAUAAAAGCAUCACAGAAUAAGAUUAUAGAUGAGAAGUCUCUCAUCAAAAAGUAUCAGAGAGAAAUAUCCUGUUUGAAACAAGAGCUUGAUCUUCUGAAGCGUGGCAUUAUGGAAAAUCAGAAAGUGGGACCCAGUCAAGAUGAUCUGGUUAAUCUGAAGCUCCAGUUAGAGGCUGGGCAGGUGAAGUUACAAUCACGAUUGGAAGAGGAGGAACAAGCGAAAGCAGCAUUGAUGGGAAGGAUUCAAAGAUUAACUAAACUAAUCUUAGUUUCUACAAAAAGUACAAUGCAACCUGAUAUCCAUGAAAAGCCUGGCCAUAGACGCAGACAUUCUUUCGGAGAAGAUGAGCUGGCUUACUUACCGGAUAGAAAACGAGAAUACUUGAUAGAUGAGGAUGCUGGAAGCAUCGAGUCCGAACUAUCAGCCGAUGGAAGAGAGGGUGUCACAAACCUUGAUGAAUUGGUCAAAGAUUUUAGAAGAAACAGAAGGAGAGGGAUGCUUGGCUGGUUCAAGUUAAAAAAGCCCGAAAAUCUGAUUGGAUCAUCACCAAGUGCUGAUUAUGAAAGCUCUGCAAGUGGUUCACCUGCAUCCUCGUUGAAGUCAUUGCAAAGUAGAGUUACAUUCAGUGAUAUGAAGGAAGGGCGGAGAAGAUCUGUUAAUAAGCGAGGGGAUGAUGCUCCAGCAGUAGACUUUGUCCCAGAUAGAACCCAAGCAGGUGAUUUGUUCAGUGCAGCUACUGGAGGUCGACUUCCACCUACUGGGACCACUGUAACUGAUCAAAUGGAUCUUCUUCACGAGCAAGUGAAGAUGCUAGCUGGUGAGGUUGCAUUAUGUGUUAGUUCUCUUAAACGACUAUCAGAUCAAUCAGUUAAGAAUCCUGAGGACUUGCAGCUUCAGGAGCAAAUGCGAAACUUAAAGGAUGAAAUCAGAGAAAAAAAAAUUCAGAUGCGUCGCCUGGAGCAACGCAUGGUUGGAUCAGUAGAAAUGACACCGCAGGGUUCACUCAAUAUUGAGAUUUCUCAGGCAUUGUCCAAGCUAGCUGCUCAGCUAAAUGAAAAGACCUUCGAGCUGGAGAUUAAAUCUGCAGACAACAGAGUACUGCAAGAGCAACUAAACAUGAAGAUGUCCGAGAAUUCUGAGAUGCAAGAAACUAUCCUUCUGCUGAGGCAACAACUUGAUUCCUUAUUAUCAGAAAAAAGUUCUACGUGCCAGCAACAGGAUGCAGAUUAUGACGCUGCCACACUAGCAGUGUAUUCGGAUGAAUAUACAGAAGCUAAACUCGAAAGGGAGGCUGGGGUUUGUUCAUAUGAAGAAAGAACUCCGAAUGAAAGUACUCAAACUAGUAUUAUGAGAUCAAAUGAAAGACUUGUGCACGAAGUCCCCGAUGAAUGCAGUAUUGAUGCAUUCUUGAACUCUCAGCUUCUUUCACAGGCUGCUGAGAUAGAGUCCCUGAAACAAGAGAACGAGCAAAUUGUCGAGGAGAAGGAAGGGUUAGAAAUUCACCAUCAAAAGCUAGCUGAGGAAGCUUCUUAUGCAAAAGAGCUGGCAGCAGCAGCAGCAGUUGAGCUCCGAAACUUAGCUGAAGAGGUAACAAAGCUCUCUUACCUCAAUGCCAAACUCGCUGCUGAAAAAGAUGCCCCUUGCAAAAAUAACUGCUGUAGGAGAUCUGCUUCAUUUGAUAUGAAGCAAGAUGGUGAUGGUGGAGGUCGACCUGAUGCACAUGUUAGGAAGACAGAAGAUUUUUUAUCGGUGGAUGAGUUGGAGCAAGAGCUGAAUGCACGACACCAAAGAGAGGCUUCUUUGGUUGCUGCAUUGUAUGAGAGAGAUAAAAUAGAAAGUGAACUACGAAAACAACUUGAUGAAGCAAAGAGGCGAGAAGAGGAUUUGGAGAAUGAGCUUGCCAAUAUGUGGAUACUUGUAGCAAAGAUGAGGAAAUCUGGUCCUGUUCCUGAGACUGUCUCAUUUGAGGGGUCUGAUGUGUCUAAUAUCUUGGAAGCAAAAUUAAGAAAUGACAUUUCCUUGUCCACUGGUCAUUUGGAGAAAACAUUUAAUAAUAGUGAAGCAUUUGAAAACAUUCCUGCUGCGGAUGCAUUGGAACAAUUGAAGCAUCGUUACCAUAAGGAAAGGAAAAGGUGCAAGGAACUAGAUGAUUUAGUUUCAAGAUUAAAGGGUGGCGAUUUGGGUGGCUUGGAUAUUAAUGCACUCGAAGAGCUGCAAAGCCUUCACGUUGAGGCCAUUACCAAGAUUUGUCGUGCAAAGGCGGUGGCUGAAAGAUUGAUAUGCAACCAAAUAGAGGAACCAAACCAAUGGAAGAGCAGCAACGGGAUUUGGGAAGAGCAGUAAUGGAAGCAAAGCGAACAACGACUUUUCAUGGAGUAAAGCAGCGGUUGCACCUGCAAUAGAGAGGGAAAUGUUUGGGAAGGAGAAAUUGAACAUUUGAGAGAAAUAGUGGUUAAAGUGCUUAAUCGAUGUUCUGUAGCGUUUUGCUUGGAGCUCCUUGACCCCCGGACAUCUAAGGUAUAAGCCAAGUGUCAACUGGUCAACUCAUUGUUAUUGCCAAAACUUCAUACAACCAGCAAUCACAAUGGGGGACCAAAGUGUAUAGUUAACUGAAAGACGCAAAACCAGGAGAGGAUUCGUUGACUAGUGUAGGUCAUAGGGAACAUUUCAGUAAAACAUUUGUACUCCCAAUGAUUGACCAAUUAUAUUUGUUACUCUACAACAUGUACAGAAAAUGGCUCGAAGCCCACAUUAGCUUCUCACA